CUCCGCACAGACCACCAGGCGCACCGGCAGCCCCCGUCUCUCUCUGCUGACUCAGUGCCUUAACAGCAGUCCCUUCACCCGGUGAUACACCAUCCAGACACCGACGCACAUUUCUCCGGCCAACUCACCCCAUCGACACACUUCAGACAUGGCUAAGACCGCAAUCGCUUACAAAGAGAAGAUGAAGGAGAUUUCUGUCCUCUCUCUCAUAUGCUCCUGUCUGUACCCCGAGAGCCGCAAAAACAUUUUGGGGGACUUUGAAGACAUGGACAUCAAGCCAAUCAACAAGCGUGCAUCAGGUCAAGCCUUUGAGGUCAUCCUAAAGCCGCCGUCUCCUACAUCUGAUGCGGCUCACUGCAUCACCAGCCCCCCAAAGAGGGACAUUUCCCUGGAGGACAUCCAGAAGAAACUGGAGGCGGCCGAGGACAGGAGGAGAUCCCAGGAGGCGCAGAUCCUCCGGAUCCUUGCCGAGAAACGCGAGCAUGAGCGCGAAGUGCUGCUGAAGGCCAUGGAGGAGAACAGCAACUUCAGCCGCAUGGCUGAGGAGAAGCUGCAGGUGAAGAUGGAGCAGAUCGAGGAGAACCGGCAGGCCUACCUGGCGGCCAUAAUGGAGCGCCUGCAGGAGAGGGAGAGGCAUGCUCAGGAGGUGCGCAGGAACAAGGAGCUGAGAGAAGAGUUGAUGCCGUGAGAGGCCCCGACAGCCUCUAUACACCCCCACCUUCAGUCACCACCUCCCGUCCGAGGAACACCUCCCUCCCCACCUCGUCCUACAUGUCCACACCUCUCCACCCGUCUCCCUGACAUACCCACCCACCUCUUGUAUUGCUAUGAAACUUUGAAGAAACGCCACCCUGAGAUAGCGGGAGAUUCAAAUAGGGUUGGGGGUGGAAAGGAUUGCAAAAAUGUUUAAAAAAAAAAAAAGAAAGGAGGAAAACUAUCAUUUCCUAUCCUUUAAAAAUGAAUGUUUUUGUUCAAACAUGAAGAAAAAAAAUCCAAUUGACACCUGGCAGCGUUUUUUGUAAAUACUUCUUUUUUGUUAUAUACAGUCCGAUACAAGCAGCAAAAGUAUUGAUUGCAGUGUGCCAUUUUUAUAUAUAGGUUUCUUCUCCCUGCUUAUAUAAAAUAUAUAAAUGGAUGUAAUGAUCUGUUCACUUUUUUCCCCCCUCUCAUUUCAGCCUGAGAAUGUUUGUUUUAGGUUUCUCUUGUGUGGUAACAAGCUUAGGUGUUUGUUGUGAGUUUGCCAGCUAGCUGAUGUUUUGCUGUGAACAGGUUGCGCCUCCCCACCACAAAAGCCUGCAUGCACGAGCGGGGUGCAGAGUCGGGGCCACAUUCGCAGGAAGGUCGCCAAAAGGAACGGUGGUGUUGCUGGUUCUUGCAGGCUGGCUUUUUUGUGGGGGACUGCCAGCUGUUUCCGCACAUCUGCUCCUGUGAAAAUAGGUAGUGACUGUACUGCAGGAGAACACGAUAGCAUUUAAUGAGCCCAUCCUUCACUUCAUUUCCAUCUCUCUUUUUCACACACACACGUAGGCCGUGAAAUCACUCACACGCUCUCCACACAGCACAGGAAAAUACCUUUCAUGCACCGUUAAUCUCAUAAAGCUUCCCUCAGAAAUGGCGCCGUUACGUCCUCGGAUGCCAGUGUUGCAUACAGCACCUCUGUUAAAGUAUGGGUCUGUCAUUAUAACGCUGGAGCUCAGCAAUCUCCAGUUGUUCAAUUUAAUCAUACUAGAAAAAAAAAAACAUAUCUCUGACUUCUCUCUCUUCAUACCAUCAUUCAACUUUCCCCUGAAACACAGCAAAUACUGGCACAAUGAAGAUAUUUAAGCCAUAAGAGGCAUGAAUGCAUUAAUGAUCAAUAGAAAUAGUAUUUCUAAGAGUAAUCUUGAAUGAGUUGCAACGACGGGUGCUUGGAUGGUCACACACGCACACUUGGCCCGUAGAUGUGUGUGAGUGGGUGUGUGAGUGAACUGCACAGAGACCAGGUAGUUAGUGUGUUGAUAUGUUUAGAUAUAAAAACCAACAACAAUACAGCGUGUAACGAUUGUCAGAAAGUUAGACACAGGCAGUUAGUUUCCUUCCUGACUCUCUUUCUCUCCUCCGUCCAUUUGUGUGUUUCCUCCUCUUCCACGUAUAUCUUUGUGAGCAAGCAGUGGUUAAUAAAGAUUUGGGGUUCAGUGAAUAAAA